CUGGGACAGAGUCAAGCCUCGUUUCAGUCCUUUUGCACUUGACUUCACUGGGGGGCUAUUGCUUGUGGCUCCUUUUACUAGGGCCUAUCAUUGCACUCUUUUGUGUUUCCUCAACUUCCUCCCACUCUGGUUGCUGCUGUCAGUUUUGCAUAGCCCCUGGUGAUCUACUAGGUGUCAUUUGCGAUAGCCGAUUUCACUUGUUGUACAGGCAUUGGUUUGAUUGUAUGGUUUAGCAUUGCCUUUUUUUCUUUCCUUGGGAAUCUCCAUUCUACACGCUGAAUUCACUCUUUUCGCUAUUGGACUCGGCAGCAACGUGUUGCGUUUCCAUUCAUUGGCGACCUCGACCUCUCCUCUUCGCUCGCUCGUGACCUCGGUUCGUCUACCGGAUCGAUCACCGCCAGAACCGGCGUCGUACAGCCGAUCUAUUAGAAUAUUUCCGCAGAAACGCGUUGAGAAAAAUAAAAGACCGUUAUCACACGACAAACGCUUCUCGAGCAAUGACUACCCCAGCCGCGCUGCCACCGUUGCCUUUCAACCCGUCCCGGGUCCGGUCCUACAUCCUCCGGCUGCCACUUUUCACGCGGCUCGUGCUUCUGGCGAUAUUUGCGUUUUGGAUCCUUGAGUUACAGAAAAUAUGGAGUGUUGUGCAGUGGGGGUCAUUGACGCCGGAUGAGAUCGGGCUUGGUAGUAUGUAUCGGCUUAAUACGUAUCCAUUUAUUCAUAUGGGAUUUUUUCACACUUUGUUGAACAUCUUGGCUCUUACGCCGUUGUUGGAACGGUUCGAGGCUGAGCAUGGGACGUUGACUUCAGUGGCUUUGUUUAUUGGACCGCUUUCAACUCUUCCUGCAGGUCUCUAUCUCCUCGUGGAGAAGGUGAUUUUGCAUCGCAAUACCCCGGUUAUUGGUGCAAGCGUUUGGGCGUUCCUUCUCUUGGGCUCGGAAGCUGUUAGGACGUUCAAGUCCCACCCCUACUUCAGCAUUGGUAGCUACAAGAUACCCACCUGGACGUCGCCUCUGCUUGCGUGCGUUUUCGCUUCGGUGCUCAUACCAAACACAAGCUUCCUUGGGCACCUCUGCGCUGUGCUUGUCGGUUACUUGCUUGGCCUUGGAUACCUCAAGGUCUUUGUCCCGCCAGAGAAGAUCCUCCGAUGGAUAGAAGGCAAGCUGAAUCUCCUGGGAAGAUUGCCGCACUAUGUGUCAGUGGAUCAGAAAACAUAUGGUCGCUAUGGCGUGCUCCCUACUGCGAACCCCGUGGGGGAUCGACCGACGCCCUUGAGCUACCUGGGAUCUACGCAGCUCCCUACCCGCAAUCUGCGGCGUAACCCUCACUUCCUCUUCAUCCGCCUCCCCUACCUCCUCUCGUUCCUCUGCAUCGUCGUCGGCGUUAUAUGGCUUCUCCUCCUGCCCCUGAACGAAUACUCGCGCCGGACGUAUAUCUCGGAGAAUGCGCUGUUGCCCGGUCAAGUGCAUGCGUAUUUCUCGGGUAGUGAGCAGAAUAUCUUCCGGGGUUAUAAAAAGGAGCUUGAGGGGUUGUUGAUAGGUGGUGCUGGUGAUAAUGGGGGUGAGGAUGGAGUGAGCGGGGAGGUUGAAGUGACACCUGAGGCAUCUGAAAAGGUACAAUCGAUCCUACGAGCCGCCGGGUUGAAAGUUGCGACGCAGAAUUACGAGUACACGUCCGCUGGAAUCACGCAUCAAGGACAAAAUACCUAUGCGAUUAUCAAUGCGCCGCGCGGAGAUGCUACGGAGGCGAUUGUGCUGGUUGCAGCUUGGAAGACGGCGGAUGGGGAGUUGAAUACCAAUGGGAUUACUCUUGCGUUGACGUUGGCGAGGUAUUUUAAGAGGUGGUCUCUCUGGUCCAAAGAUAUCAUCUUCUUGAUUACCCCCGACAGCAAGUCUGGGACGCAGGCAUGGAUCGACGCGUACCAUGACAUGCACCCGCCCUCCGUCCAACCACUACCAUUAAAGAGCGGGGCAUUGCAAGGUGCCUUGGUGGUGGAAUACCCCUUCGACCACCGCUUCGAGUCCCUGCAUAUCGUAUACGACGGCGUCAACGGCCAACUGCCCAACCUCGACCUCUUCAACACAGCCGUCUCCAUCGCUGGCGGCCAGAUGGGCAUCGGCGCGGUCCUGCAAGAGAUGUGGGACCACGACGACAGCUACGAAGCACGACUGGAGACCAUUCUCCGGGGAAUGAUCAAACAGGGUUUUGGCUACGCGACUGGUGCGCAUAGCAGCUUCAUGCCGUACCAUGUUGAUGCGAUAACAUUGCAAACUAAGGGAGAGGGCUGGCAGGAUGAGAUGGCUCUGGGUCGGACGGUAGAGAGUCUCUGCCGGAGUUUGAACAACCUGUUGGAGCAUCUGCAUCAGAGUUUCUUCUUUUAUCUGCUUAUGCAGUCUAAUCGAUUUGUCAGUAUUGGGACGUAUUUGCCUAGUGCGAUGUUGAUUGCUGGUAAUUUUACCAUUAUGGCGAUUGCGCUGUGGAUGCGUACUGGAUAUUAUGCGGGCUCUUCUCCUUCUACUAGCGCAAGUGCACCGGCCGAUGAAAAGAAAGAGACGGCUCAGAAAGAGAAAGAUGCCAGUCCAGCAAAGACAGAUGCCAGCGGUGUUAUGGAACGACAGCUAGCCCUUCCACUUACCUUUGUCGUUGGCCUCCAUCUCCUGGGCUUACUUCCUCUCUACAUCUUCAAUAACCUCUCCCACCAGUACUUCGCCUCCGCAGUCUACACCUGCAUUCUCGCCGACAUCCUCCUCCCCCUAACCCUCGCCGCCCUCUUAACCCACCAUUCCCCUUCUACAUCUACCAACGCAAUCCCCCAACACUACCUCCUCAUAAAAUCCUUAUCCCUUCUCCUUCUUGGUCUCUUCCUCUCCACUCUCGCAACCCUAAACUUUUCCCUCUCUUUCAUGAUCGGCCUCCUCUGCGCCCCGCUAACCUUCACUAACCGCACUACCUCCACCUCUGUUCUACGGCACAUAUUUUCGACAAUUGGGCUGGUGAUUUUGAAUGUCCUUUCGCCGCCGGUUGUGCUUGUGGGUGGGUGUUGGUGGGCUGGGGUUAGUGUGGAGAGUGUGCUUACACUGGCGGCGUUUGGGUGGGAUGUUUGGGGGGUGUGGACGCAAGUUGUUGUUUGGUGUGUCUGGUGGCCGGCUUGGGUUAUUGGGUGUGCAUUGUUGGGAUCUUCAGUGUUUUAGCUUGGCUGGAUGUGGUGUUAUAUGUUUUGUUGUGAAGGAUGUAUAGAUUAAUAUGGGUUUUAUGUACGGAGCGGUAUGGGAUAUUAUAGUUCUUGACAUUGCAACCAUCAUCAAUUACCAUCAUGCUUUUCCUAUCAUAUUCAGGAAAUCUAAUACAGGAUUGUACGUAAAUGCAAGCAGUACCGUCUCCAUCCAGAUAGAACAUAUCUAUGCAGCCCACACAUCCUUGCCAACACCCUCGAUCCAGUGGCCCAGCUGGUUGACACCGGCAUCCCAGUCCUUAAGCCUGUUCCGCAUGCCUUCAAUCUGCUUCAGAUCCAACACUUUGGGCUGCACCCAGUUGAUCUGAGCAACCUGGGCGACCUGGUCGAUCGAUCCCUUAAGGAGACCCAACGACAAAGCCUUCAUAAUCAGAUGUUCAAUCUCCUCCGGCUUCAC